CAAUGCAAUAUAAGUGGCAAAAUUCUUUAUAAAUUAUAAACAGCAGUGGCUGUGGCUACCCGCAACGGCGCUACAGCAAUACUUUCACAGUUUCACCGAUUUAUAUAUUUAACUACCGACUCUUGUACUCAGUUUUUCUUUCACUAAUAUAAAAAGCUUUUUGUUUUCUCUCUAUGUGUAACAUGUAUUCUGGGUCCCUCUCUGUCUCUGUGUCUUUGUAUGUCUCUUGCUAUAUACGUAUCCAUUUCUCUCCAUUUGCUUUUCACGACAAUGGACUGCAGGUGCUGACUGUUAUUUCGCCAUUUUAUUAGCUUAUAAAGCUACCCUCUCAUCUCGUACCAUUUAGCUCUCUCCUCUCUCCACUUUUACUGUUUGCUUGCUUUGCUUCCUUCUUUAACUAUAAACUCGCCAUCACCAAUUUGUUUGGUGUUGCAUUACUUCUGCUUCACUUUCAUAGACAUAACCCUCUUCUUCUUCUUCACCUGAGUGACUAUACUUUUAACAGGAGAAAAGCAAAGUUGAAAUGAUGCAUAGGUGUGGUAGCUCUCAAGGAAACAUGGUGGGGCCAUGUUCAUGCGGUCUGUUUCAUAGCCAAAGCAAUUCCUUUUCCAUGCUAUUUUCGAUGCAAAACCACAAAUCUUUCGAUGAAACAGACAUGUAUUCUUCUAUUUCCCCUUCUGUUGAUUGUACUCUCAGUUUGGGAACUCCUUCUACUCGUUUGUGCGAAGACGAUGAGAAGCGGAUCCGCCAUGAAAGACGCUCUGGUUCUUGCAUGUCAAACUUUUCUUGGGAUUCAUUGCCCACCAAAAAUAUACCUUAUUCACCACAAACGCAUAAGCCCAGCCGCGGAGGAAAUACUAGCUCCAGUAACAAUCACGCCAAUGAUCCUCUCCUCGCUCGUCGUUGUGCUAACUGUGACACUACUUCUACUCCUCUUUGGAGAAAUGGACCUAGAGGCCCAAAGUCUCUUUGCAAUGCCUGCGGAAUUCGGUUCAAGAAGGAAGAGAGAAGAGCCACAGCGGCAAAUGCAACCAGCAGUGCAAACACAUCUGGAGUUAUGGAGACCCACCAUGGUUACCACAGUAGCUCAUGGGUUCACCAAUCACAGACUCAAAAAAUGCCUUGUUUUUCACCGGCGAACGAAUUUAGGUUCAUCGAAGACAGCGAGCAAAAUUCAGAAACGGGCGUUCCCUUUCUUUCCUCCUGGAGACUCAAUGUCACUGACAGGCCUAGUCUUGUCCAUGACUUUACAAGAUAAAAAGAAAGUAAGGUUGACGGUCAAAAUCAUGAAAUUUGUGACACCAUAUAUAUUAACUUUUAUUUAUCACGAUGAUGAUGUUGAAGAUGUCUGCGAUCGUGAUGGUUUUCGUCCCGUCUCGUCAAAUUCUUUUUCUUUUAAGUGGCUUUCCUCUUUUCUUCUCCGUCAUACAUAGAUGGAGUGAAGAUGGGAUAAUUCUAUGUUCUUAUUUUGCUUUUCUUCUUUUAAGUUUUCAACUUUUCUGUCAGUCAAUUCAUUUUCUCACUUCUUGAGCUAGCUGAUGAUCAUGGUGUUGGCCAUGAUCAUGAUGAACGAUGUUGAUUAUAAAAUUACCCUUUAUUAUUUAUAGUAUUAUAUGAACUUCAGUUGGGUUGAGA